AUCAACAUAGUUAAUGUAGUGGAGGAAUGCUACAGCGCAAGACCGAAAAGUAUAAAUACCAUAGGCAAAGAAUAUUGGAAACACCAUUCCGCAACGAAACCGACCCCUUUUCUAUCUUGCCCCUGUCCCAAUUAUCACACGAAUCAUCAAUCUUCGCUCGCCUAAAGCCACCAGAAAGUAAAUUGUACAGGCAUGGCAUACCAACAUAGAUUCCUUGCAACGGGCACUGUUUUUUACGUGGAGGACAAUGGCGUCUGGUCGUUGGCUGAUAUCAAUGGCGAUGGCUCCCAAGAUCUCGUUUACAUCAAGACCAGAAACACCAGCACUGGCAAGAUCGAAGUCCAUGCAUCCUUCAAUCAAUUCCGUUUCCAGCAACACAACCUGGCUACUGACACCGUUUUCGGCCUUGAGGACAACGGAACAUGGCUGAUGCAGGACUGGACCGGCGAUGGCAAGGCUGAUUUGAUAUAUAUUCAGACACGCAAGACUAGCACUAACACAGUGGAAGUGCACGUCGCUGAUGCUGCCUCUGGAUAUCAGAACUUUGUCCUCCGGACCGGCACUUGCUUCAUCUGCGAUGACAACGGAGUCUGGACUAUGUCUAGAAAAGGUGAUUUAGUCUUUAUCAAGACUCGGAAUUGUGGUUCAAACAUGAUCGAGUAUCAUGUUGCUAGCAAAGCAACAAACUAUCAACAGUUCACGCAACAUGUCGCAACCGACUUUGGUGUCGAAGACAACGGCACCUGGUGCCUCGCACCAAAGUGCGACGGGGAUUUUGCCGACCUCUACUACAUCAAGACCAGGAACACUAAAUGCGGAAUGGUUGAGGUCCAUGCCGUCUCUGCGAGUUCUGGAUGGAAAAGCCGUGUGAUCGACGUCGCCACAUCUUUUUAUCCAGAGGACAAUGGGCGGUGGCUAAUGGUGGACUUCACUCAUCAUGAGCGGCCUGACCUAGCGUACAUCAAGACAAGGUCUACCGACACAGGUAAAAUCGAAGUUCACGUCACUAAGCCCGGAGAAGCCGUGCCAAGGCCAUUUAUAGGCUCAUCUCGGAAUGUUAGGCUCGACGCCAACACCCCCAAUGUGCUGCGAGCUGAGCUACAGCGAAGCAACGGCUCGUGGUGCGAUGCCUCUAUCGACCUCAACAUGUCCCUCGGCAACGCCGACGGCAAGUUCAUCUGGGGGAGGAAGUCCUUCCAGGAAUCGGCGCAAGGAACUAGGCUCAACGAGUCGGUGUUAUCUGCGGAGCUCCGCAAGAUAGAUUGCUCCUGGGUUACGGAUAGCUUCGAUCUCAGAGACGUUAUCAUGAAUAAUGACGGUGUUUUCCAGGCGCUUGACGCCCCGUGCUAGGAUUGGCCUGUUACACUAAUCCUGUUUUGCCCAAUUUCUAGCUGAGAAGUUAGAUAGUAUAAAUAAUAAUAUCCAUAGUUUUAGCUAAACUCCUCAGAAUAAAUAACAAUAGCC